CAAACGGAUCUCAUGCAUCUCAGACCAGCCCCGUGCACGCGAGCAAAGGCACACCGCUCUGGCGGAGUCCUAACCAGAGACUGGAAUCGCGGUGUAAUCAAGAAAGGAGGCGGUAUCUCCGGUGUAACGAUGGAACUGUAAAAUAAAUACGGAAGGGGGAAACAGGCUGGCUGUCACUGCAGAGCUGAAGCUGCAGAGUGAGAGAGAGACACAGAGAUAUACGAAAAGAGAGGGCGAGAGAGGCUGUCUGGCUCCAUGUCUGCCCCUGCGCCUUCCACCCGGAGGUCUGUGUCGGGCUCACGCAGGUUUGACUACUGCAGGUUCAUAGAGCUAGACUACAUUCCAAUGGAGACAGACUAUAUGGUUUCAAUGCGCCCAACGGAACGAGGAUAUCUCACUACCAAGUCUCCGGAGCGGCACUGUCGAAGGACAGCUGCCCCAGUCAGCAACAGAGAUCCCUAUGGCAACGCCUCUCUCAGCAGCAGCAGCACUAACUCUGGCUCCUGCAAGGGCAGUGAUUGCAGCCCUACCAAGGGGCGUCACAUGAAGGCAUACGCCUCAUGUACAGAUAACCAUGGCAUCCGCCCCCCUCCCCCAGAGCAGUACCUCACACCCCUGCAGCAGAAAGAGGUGUGUAUCAGACACCUGCGGGCCCGCCUCAAGGAGUCAGUCGACAGGCUGCAGGACAGGGACUCUGAGAUCGAUGCGUUGAAGACCCAGCUGUGUCGGAUGCAGGAGGACUGGGUUGAAGAGGAGUGUCACCGCGUGGAGGCCCAGCUGGCCCUGAAAGAGGCGCACAGGGAGAUCCAGCAGCUCAAGGAAGUGGUGGACGUGGUGCGCACCAGCCUCAGCUCCAGUGACUCCACCGACACCGGCGUCCAGAAAUACUUCCAGGACAUCAACGCCCAGAACCUCAAGCUGGAGAACCUGCUGCUCAGCAUGGAGCUGGCUCAGAACGGGGUGGCCAAGGAGCAGGAGGCUGCUGCAGCAAGAGGAGUGGCAGGGGGUUCUCGGGCUGGGAGGCCUGGGACUGCGGGGUCAUGGCCUGGGAGUAGUCCCGCUGCAUCAGGGCCUGGAGGGGGUGGCUCCAAGAGUCUGUGUGGGUCCUGUGACGGCUCCCCCGCCCGUUCUCUGACCCAUAGCUCUACCUACACCAAGCUGAGCGACCAUGCACUGGGGGAUAAGAACGGGAACGGCCUGUCAGGGGAGGAGAACCAUGACAGCGGCUUUGUGUGCUGUGGGGAGAGUCACAGUCACAGUGCAGCCAGCAGUCACAGGGCAGACAGCAGUCACAGGGCAGACAGCAGUCACAGGGCAGACUUGCUCCUGGAGGCAGCCUUCCUAUCUGAAGAGACAGCCUCACUGCUCAGCACCUACUCCCACCUGCCACAGUCCUCCACCUACGAGAAGCUGUGCACCGGGCAGGACAGGGUGGUGCCCCUGCGCUGUGCCAUGGGUGGGGCGGGCAGCACCAACCACUCCUGUCUGUCCCACCACCACCUGUACCUGCACCACCUAAGGGAGCAGGCCGUCCAGACAGAGAGCUGCCCCGUCCCGGUGGGGUUGGGCUACGCCUCUGACCUGGACACCAUCACCGAGCGCACCUUCCGCUCUCAGGCCUGCAGCCCCACCUCCACCUGGGUCUCAGAUGAGGGAGACGACCUGGACUCAGUUACCAUGACGUCAGUCACCAUGACAACUCUCACAGCUACAACAGCUGAGCCCGCUCCUGGUUCUCCUUUACCCAGUUCUGCCUCUGUCUCCUGUGCAGUGGAUAUGGCCUCCCUAUCAGUGAAGGAGGAUGGGAAGAUGGUGGGAGAGUUGGAGAGGCAUAUAGAGGUAGUGGGGGAGGGUGCAAUGGUAGAGGUAGGCAAGCAGCAGGAGGAGGAGGAUGUGGGGUUGGUACAGUUGUGUAAGCAGGAUGAGGUAAAGGUGCUGGGGUUGGUGAGGGAGGGGAAGCAGGGGGAGGUCCGGGAGUUAGAUCUAUAUAAUCAGAGGGAGGAGGUUUUGGAGGUGAAGAAUCAGAGAGCGGUUGAGGAGGUGAGGUCAGUGGAGGUGGAGGAGCGGCCCCACACCUCCCAGCCCAGGAGCAGCUCGCUACAGGAGAUAGCUGGGGUGACAGUGGUGGAGGUUGAUGAUGAUGAAGAGGCUGAGGUUCAGGGAGCAGUAGGGGGAGCAGAGGAGUCUACCUCUUCUGAGUCUGGACCCGCAGUGAAGAGCUACUGGAGCCGCCACUUCCUGGUGGACCUGCUGGCAGUGGCUGUGCCCGUGGUUCCCACGGUGGCAUGGCUGUGCCAGGGGGCACGGCGCGAUGGACUGCCAAUUUACCACUUCGGCUCACUGCUGCGUGGCUGCUGCACAGUGGCCCUCUCCUCCCUGCGCAGGGGCGGGGGAGUCAGGCACUACCCCGCGGGCACAGGUGGGGGAGCCAUGGGGGGCACAGAGAUCUGAGACAGGCCCCAUGACAGCCUGGGAACUGCACACACACAGCACUGCCCUCUCUGGUCCUGGGUCCUGGGUUUGUCCUCCACCUGAAGUACUGGGUAAAGAAAGGAGGGGAGUGAUGAUUUUGAAUAAAUUAUUCUGAAGCCAGGACAGCCCCAGCAAACCAUAUAACCCUCUCUGGUGGUGGCCUCUUCCACCUCUUCUACUAGACUGAGAAGGGACACCAGGAUGUGUUGAACUGACACUAAAUGGUAGAACUGAACAGUUCAAUGGAUACUGAAUGGCCGGAGUGUGACUGAUGGGGAUUGUAACCUCUCUCUCUUGUGUGCAGGGAGACUGAAAGGUCUGUCCGUCACUGUGGCUCCCUUUAUUGGUCCAGUUCCAUUUUGACUCGUGUGUAAGAAAUGUGUGUGAUCACACAACAUGUGUGUUGUGAGUGUGCAGCAUGUGUGUUCUUCUCUGUGUUGUAUUGUGUUGUGUAGCCAAAGCACCUAGAUGUCUGGAGGCAAUCGCAGCCAUGGCUGUGCAGUAGUUGGUAUGCUCAUUUACGAGUGAAUGACUGAAGUCUUGACACAUGGCAGUUGCCCCCUAAAGGUACAAGGCAAGCUGCUGCUGUACAUUUCUGCUUCCUGUCACUGGUGUCCUAGAUUAACAAUCACUCUUGUAGCAUUCCGUCCAUGUCUGUCGUCCAAGUGUUAGUCAUUCCAGACCCAUGAACCAGAAACAUCUCAAGAAGGAAGCAAAUAGAAAUAUAAUAAUUGAAACUAAGUUUAUUUUUCUUUCAAAAAUAGGAAAGGGAUUAUGGACUUUGUUGUUCUUGGGGUGUUUGCAGUGUCAUGCCUGAGUUGGAAGAAUCUGAGUGUCUUAUUGUUUAGGGCUGUAAUGGAUGUAGUCAUUGACGUGAAAUAGUUGAAAGGCUGAGCAAGGACUGUACUGUAAUGUUUAAAUAUAAGUCUUUGUUAGUGAUUUCUGAGCCAAACAAGUGCUAACUGAUGUCCACAAGAUUGUGAUGCAACCAACAAGAACAGUCCUUUGAGUUGAAGUACAUUGAGUUCUUUAGAGAAGAAACAGGAUAGAUCUUAUUUCUUUAGUAAUUUAUUAACAAUGUUUUGCACUAUUAUUCACUUUAUGAGGUUAAGCAACUACUUGAAGUCAAGUUUGUGUGUUUCCAAAGUCGAAUGCGGCCACAGUUUUGCUUCUGAGGUUUUUUUGUGUUCAAUAUACUUUCUCACAGAUACAACUGUCUAAUGGAAUAUGUUUCAAAGUAAAGGUGCCAUUUUUCUUUGAACACUGAAAACUGUUGCCUUCCGUCCAUAACUUUCUUUUCCUGUAGUGUUUUAGCCGUAGGGAAUAUCCUUCUCAAAAUGUUUCGCUGCUUUCUGGAAUGUGCGUUGGAUGUGCAUUUGUGGUGUUGUUUCUCUAUUCCUCUUCAUUUCUGCUGCUUGACAAUCCCUUCUGUGCGUGUUUCUGCUGAUUUGACCUCUUCACGAUGACUUCCAGCACCUAUGAAUAGUGACACACGCGAGCAGCACUGACAAAAUAGAUUGAGUGGUGAAUUAAUGAAAUGCUUUGGGAGUUGUCUUACACACUUUUCAACGUCGUCAUGUGCUUUAGAUUUGAACACUUUCCACAACCCUGUUGGAAUUUUGUAUUGUGUCUUGAUAUUGUGCGUUGCUGUAGUUCUUCCCCGUCAUGUUUCAUCAUCAUGACCUGUGAAUGGUCCCCCUGCCAUUUGUAAAGCCUGCUUGGUGUAAGUGGUUCGGGAAGCCUCUGCAUUUUUUAAUUAAAAGCCAUACUCCUUCCUGUAAGGUGAAUGUGUUUGAGAAUGUCUCUAGCAGAAACACAAUGAGGAAAAUAGUGUGAUUGAUAAUCAUAUUGAUAUGCAUUUGUAGAUGACUCACCUGAAGUCUCCCCAACAGUACAUGGGGUGUUUUGGCCAAUAAUUGGAAAAACGUCUGAUCUGAUUGGUCAAAUUACAAAUUAGUGGCAAUAUAUCAGAAUUUGGCUACCUGUGUAAACAAAGCCAUCGCUUGUUAAACCUGUACUGGACUAUUUUAUAUUUCUCAAGCAAUUUCAUUGGUGUUUGAACAGUAAAACAACGCCCCUUCAUUAUGUACCUCUACGCACAACAAAACAAGCUUAACAGUAAUGUGUGUGUCUGUGAUGUUAAGUGAAUUACUAAAGGCUAACGGGUCAUGCUUAUGUUAUAGUUACCGUCUGCUAAUUGCUUGUUAUUUUCCUGGGUUUUGAAGCAUAAUUAGAUUUCUGAUGUUCUGGUCUUGCCACCAUAGUACUUUAACAAGCCCAGCUCUCUCCAUCGGAUGCUUGAUUUGAUUUGGUAAUGCACUGCUAUGAUGUUAGUGUGUGUGUCCUUUGGGAUAAUUCCCUUUCCCCAAAGUGUAAUGUUUUUGUGUGAAAUGCUUUAAGUAUCAACAAAGAUGAUCAGGGUGAUGGGUUUAUUUAUAGCUCAGAAGAACUACCCAAAUCACAUUGUGAGUCAUUGGACUUUGCAUUUGGACAUACCUGUAUGUCAUUGAAGCUUACGUUAGGACAUACCUGUAGGUCAUUGGAGCUUACGUUAGGACAUACCUGUAGGUCAUUGAAGCUUACGUUAGGACAUAUCUGUAGGUCAUUGGAGCUUACGUUAGGACAUACCUGUAGGUCAUUGGAGCUUACGUUAGGACAUACCUGUAGGUCAUUGAAGCUUACGUUAGGACAUAUCUGUAGGUCAUUGGAGCUUACGUUAGGACAUACCUGUAGGUCAUUGGAGCUUACGUUAGGACAUACCUGUAGGUCAUUGAAGCUUACGUUAGGACAUACCUGUAGGUCAUUGGAGCUUACGUUAGGACAUACCUGUAGGUCAUUGGAGCUUACGUUAGGACAUACCUGUAGGUCAUUGGAGCUUACGUUAGGACAUACCUGUAGGUCAUUGAAGCUUACGUUAGGACAUAUCUGUAGGUCAUUGGAGCUUACGUUAGGACAUACCUGUAGGUCAUUGGAGCUUACGUUAGGACAUACCUGUAUGUCAUUGGAGCUUACGUUAGGACAUACCUGUAGGUCAUUGGAGCUUACGUUAGGAUAUACCUGUAGGUCAUUGCUAUAUAUACAGUGCCUUGCAAAAGUAUUCGGCCCCCUUGAACUUUGCGACCUUUUGCCACAU